CCCUUCCCUGCGGCCAGGAGGAUAACGAAAGCUCAGCUCCAUCUCCACAGCCAUAGAGCGCUCUCCGGAUUUUGCUUCCAUCCGAGCGGCAGUGCAACCUCCUCGGCGCUUUCUCCGCCGUUCUUUCUAGGCCCCGCCCCUUUUACGCUGGCGGCAGCAUAAACUCCGGAAACUGGACUCUUGUCUACUGAGUCAAUUGAGCGACUCUGGGCGGCGCAGUGCGCAGGCGCGAGCGUUUGGGUUCCGACGCGCGCGGUGCUCGGUUACUGUAGCAGGAGUGAGUUCCUCAGCGUGGAGACCCUGCAGCUGGCGGCCGAGCGAGCGAGUGAGUGAGCGAGCACCGCCUCUGCCGCCAUGGCAGCCCUGCGCUACGCCGGCCUGGACGACACGGACAGCGAGGACGAGCUGCCCCUGGGCUGGGAGCAGAGAACCACCAAGGACGGCUGGGUUUACUAUGCCAAUCACACUGAGGAGAAGACUCAAUGGGAACAUCCGAAAACUGGAAAAAGAAAAAGAAUAGCAGGAGAUUUGCCAUAUGGAUGGGAACAAGAAACGGAUGAGAACGGACAAGUGUAUUUUGUCGACCAUAUAAAUAAAAGAACGACCUAUUUGGACCCGAGACUGGCAUUUACCGUGGAUGAUAACCCUACAAAGCCAACGACCAGACAGAGAUACGAUGGUAGCACCACAGCCAUGGAAAUCCUCGAGGGCAGGGAUCUCACUGGCAAAGUGGUCGUAGUUACUGGAGCUAAUUCAGGAAUAGCGUUCUGAACCCGAAGACCUUUGUAGAUUGAAAGCUGUAGCUUGUGGACCUCUCUGUGUGGAGAUCAGCAUCUCAGUAUCCAGGGGGAUGUCAUCUCUUCACCCAAAGCUCCUAGCAGACCAAGAGGCCUGGAACCCCACAGCCCCGACUGCUAACCAGUAGAGGCAAGGGAGGAGUUCAUGUCUGUCGGUGCUCGACGUGGCACCGAGCAGGACGGGGCAGAGUUUCGCAGCUCUCUGGAGUUAGGGGCUUGUUGGCUCUGAUCUGGUAAAGAAUGAAUGGAAAUGGCUUCAACAUGGUGAUCAUUAAACACAAAUCUUAUUGGGAAGUCUCAGGAGAGGAAAUUCCUCAGGCUAGGGAAUUUCCCAUCAUAGACGAUCCCAGAGCCUCUUGUCUAGACUCAACCUGUCAAUCAAGCUAACUUGUCUUCAGUAGCUCAGUGUACAGCGCUGCCUCCUUGAAUCCGAGGGCUGACAUGUGCACAUCGAAUGCCUAAUGUGGGACUCCCCUGUUGGCUGUUUCUUGUUGACUGGGACUUUAGUUGGAAUUCACGCUGUUUCAAUGAGCAGACAGAUAUAUAUCUGCAUCGGAUUUCAGGAGUGAAAUCCAGGUUUUGUCAAACAUCCAUUUUAAAACUAUUAACAAUUAUGAGCAAAUUAGAUACUUUCAGUCUCACGUUCAUUGGUAACGGUGAUAUAGCUUUCUUCUUAUAAUCUUAAACCAAUAGUGGAUAAAAUUUGAUUAUUAAAUCCCUUUCAGAGUUUAGUCAGGAUGUAAAGUUCCUUUCACCUUUUGAACCUUACUAAUGCUGGGCUGCAUCAAAUGUUAUUUUAAAUCUACAGUAGCCUGGGCUAGUUUUGGUUUUCGAACCAGAGGAUUCAUGAACCAGAACAAAACUUUUUUUCCCCAAAUACAAGCUGGCCACCUUGGUAUAUACCAGUAAAAUGUAUUUUAGGACUGACACUUCAGUUUUCUAUUGCUGUUCUUGUUAUAUAACCACCUCCCUAAGGUUUAUUACAGGGAUUCUCAUAAUGUGUGUGUGUGUGUGUGUGUGUGUGUGUGU